CAGGCUUGGCUUAAACCAGUGGGCUUUCAAUAACUAUCUCGCCGAGCGGUUUUGACCGCGCGAACACGCGGAGCCGGCCAAACCCCGCCCCCGAGGCCACCCGAGUCGCCGGUCCGCACGUCGCAGUACCGUCGGCGGGUCAGUUAGUAGCACAAGUCGACGCUGUCACGCGAAUCUACCACGUGCGUUCCAUCCCUAACCCAGACCAACAACCGCACGCCCGCAAACCGGCACCAGUGGCGGACAUGACGACGAGCGGCACCACCGCGUCGUAGUCGGUGCACGCACGGGUGUUGUCUUUUCACGGCGGGCGGAGGGAGGCGGGCGCGCGGGCGAAGACUCCAAUGGACCUGGACAACUACACCAGCACAGCCGCCGCCGGGGUGGUGGUGGUGCCGACAGCGUACGUGUUUGGCUACAACGGGUCCGCGGCGGACGAUGGCGGCGCGCUGAGCAACAAUGGUACCGGUGCGGAGGGCUACCUGAACGUGACGGACGAGCUGCCAGUCGAGUACGCCCGGCCCAUGUACGGCUAUGUGAUGCCGUUUCUGCUGCUGGUCACCAUCGUGGCCAACACACUAAUCGUCGUCGUGCUGUCCAAGCGGCACAUGCGCACGCCCACUAACGUGGUGCUUAUGUCCAUGGCGCUGUCCGACAUGUUCACGCUGCUGUUCCCGGCCCCGUGGCUGUUCUACAUGUACACGCUAGGCAACCACUACAAGCCGCUGUCCCCGGUCGAGUCGUGUUACGCGUGGUACGCCAUGAACGAGGUGAUACCCACCAUGUUCCACACCGCAUCCAUCUGGCUCACGCUCGCCCUGGCCGUCCAAAGGUACAUAUACGUAUGUCAUGCACCGGUGGCGAGAACGUGGUGCACCAUGCCUAGGGUUCUGAAAUGCGUCGCCUGGAUAUCGGUAAUGGCAUCGUUGCAUCAGUCAACCAGAUUCGUGGACAGGACAUACGAACCGAUCAGAAUAUCGUGGAGAGGACAAGACUCGGUCGUCGUGUGCAGGAUGAAGCACGCAUAUUGGGUCGAACAUUGGGUUACGCUCGACGUGUACUUCACUUUUUACUAUGCUUUCCGUGUGAUCUUCGUACAUACCGGCCCCUGCAUAUCACUGGUCGUGUUGAACCUUUUACUGUUCAGGGCUAUGAGGGACGCGCAAUUAAAGAGAGACAAAUUAUUCAAAGAGAACAGAAAGAACGAAUGCAAACGGCUCAGGGAUUCUAAUUGCACGACAUUGAUGCUCAUUGUCGUCGUGACGGUUUUCUUAAUGACUGAAAUCCCAUUGGCCGUGGUAACGGUGUUGCACAUCAUAUCCAGCAGCAUCAAAGAGAUACUCGACUACUCGGUGGCCAACCUGCUGGUGCUGUUCACCAAUUUCUUCAUCAUCGUCAGUUACCCGAUCAACUUCGCCAUCUACUGCGGCAUGUCCAGACAGUUCCGGGAAACGUUCAAAGAGCUGUUCAUCAGGGGCUCGGUGCAGAUAAACCGCAAGCACGGGGCCGGCGGCAGUUCGCGUUACUCGUUAGUCAACGGGCCCCGGACGUGCACCAACGAGUCGCUUUUGUAAGAGCCUCCGCGGAACGGUGGAGACGCUAUUCGGUGCGCGCGCGUCGUUUCGAAACGCCCGGCCGGGGGGCUACCCCCGUCACGUCGUCGCGAUCACGUGACCGAUUUGCACGCGAAUAGCGUAUGCGUUCCGACCUGUAAGGAUGACCGCGGCUUGGGUUAGCAACCAAAGCGCGCGGGGGUCGGUUGUUACUGGUAAAUAAAAAAAAAUAAUUCGUUCACGUGGCGCGAACGACUAGAACCGGAAAAAUUCUACUGCAAGAACGUCGUCAAAUAACGUCGAUUGUCGUUAUCGGCACAAAAUCAUGUUCACAGGUUAACUCGUUGGCCUACUCGCGCGCGCUAUGUCGAUCGAUUGUGCAUAAAAUUGUAAAUAUUCUCCUCCCCACCCUCCACUCGCGAUUAUCUUAGUUAGAUAUUGUGUCGACCCGAUCUCGGUCGACCGUUUCGAUAUAUUAUCUGUAAAAAUACACCUUUAAUUGUAUGCGUUUAAAAUUAAAAUUAACCAAUAAGUCGAAUGUCUACAAGUAACCAAUUGAAUUUCGCGCAGCUACAGAAAACGGUUUUACUGUUCGUUUCUUCGUCGUUUAAUCUCUUGGACCAUGUUAUUAAUUCGAAAUUUAUAUCAACCAUAUUAUCAGUCAGUAACAAUUUAAAACGGUUAAAAAUCGUGCGAAAUCGAUGAUUACAUAAUCAUGUAUUUCUUUAUAAAAUUAAAUAUAUUUUCCU